AUGGCAACCCGCGCACAGAAGCGCGUCAACCUUGCGGUUUCCAAGGUUAUUCCACCCUUGUUAGUGGGGUUCAUGAUUUAUGCCUCUUACGCGGUCACGAAACCAAUAUGCAUUGAUUAUCUUAUCCACCCUUUAUCAUCCUAUAAUCGAAACCCUCGUGUCGGCGCUGGCGCUGCAAUAAUCGUCGUCUACUACAUUCUCUUAAUAUUCAUGCUUGGGACCUAUCUGCGACUUCUUUAUAACGUUAUUUGCAACCCCGGCUAUCUUCCUCUCGGUGCCGAACGUCUGCAGGCAGAUGCGGCUGCACAAGAAUCGAACAAAGGAUUUGGUUGGUGGAGUUCGAAGUCUCAACAAACAGAAAAGGCGGACGAGUCCUCAGAUUUGGAACAUGGUGUGAACAAUGAUGCAGCCCAGGGAGCCCAGGGAGCCCAGGGAGCCCAGGGAGCCCAGGCAGAUACACUCGGUCUAGAGAACUUUUACAGGAAAGACGUCUUCGUGUGCCAGGAUGACGGGCGGCCUCAGUAUUGCUCAACGUGCUGCCAAUACAAGACCGAUCGAGCGCACCAUUGUCGGGAAAUCGAUCGCUGCGUGGCAAAGAUGGAUCAUUUCUGCCCCUGGGUCGGUGGUGUCGUCUCGGAGACAACCUUCAAGUUCUUUAUUCAGUUCGUGGGAUAUACAGCCAUCUUCUGUAUCUUUGUUCUCAUUGUGUCUGCAUACUUUACAGCAGAAGUACGGCGUAACACUGGGUCCGUCAACCCACAUUGGUGUGUUUGCCUUGGACUGGCCGCCUUUUUCGGCUUUUUUACCGGCGUCAUGACUCUUAGUUCUCUCCAAAUGGCCAUGGUAAACGUCACCACAAUUGAGAAUUUAAGUCGUCAUUCCCACGUCUGGAUACUCGCCAUCCGAGUCCCUGAAUAUCUCCUCGACCGACUCUGGGUCAGCGAAUCCGCAUGGGCUCCUACGUUCCGCAUGGUCUCCUAUCCACCACAAGGAGCUACAUUGCCAUCGCCAUCGCCGCCCCAACCCACAGAUUCUACAACAGAACGCCACGUGUUCGCCAUCCUGCACACCGAACCUGGCGAGAACCCAUUCGAUCUCGGUUAUUGGAAAAACCUACAGCAGGUCAUGGGAUACAGUCUCACAGACUGGCUUCUUCCUCUGAGACCAAGUCCAUGCGCUGACCACACCAGCCAAGAGAGUACAUUCGCUCUAGGUCCCGUGGUGACCCGUCUAAAGCAGGAAGCGGGCCUAUUACCGGCCCUUGAGUCACAGCCCCAAUACAAUAGUCAAGGGACAUAG